AAAACGUGCAGUGUGGACUCCAAUUUAGACUUGAGAAUUAUAUUAUUGUCGUAAUAAAAAAUAUAAAUAUAAUUAUUAUUUAAUAAGAAAUAAAUUGUUGACAAAAAUGGCUAUUAAAAUAUCUAAAAACACUAAAAUAGCAUUACGUAAAAAAGAUGCAAAAGUUGUUAGAAAAUUAAUUAAAAAAAAAAUAUCUUCUAAAAAAACUAAAAAAGGAUGGCGUAAUGUACACAUUGAUGGUCUUGAUGAACAUCUAGAAAAUCAAAGGUUUGAAGAACGUACUGGUGAUUUUUCAAAAAAACAAGAUGAAGAGUUAUUUAUUGUUGACUCAAAAGCUGAUGAUAAAUUGAUUGAAGUUUAUGAAAAUAAAGCUGCACAACGUUUAGCACUACGUAAUUCACAAUUAAAACAUUGUGAUAUAUUAACAUCAUGUUAUACAGCUGUACCAGAUCCAGUUGGUAAACGUAAUCGUGUUAAAACACCUGAAGAACGUAAAAAUCCAAUAACAAGAAAUAAUGAAAUAACAAGAAAAGCAAAUGGUCAAUUAACAAAAAAAGAAAAAGAUGCAUUAAAAAAUCGUGGUUUAGCUCAAUUAAAAAAAGAUAAACGUUAUAAACGUGGUGAUUUUUCAACUGAUGUUUGGGCUGAUGAAGAAAAAAAUAAUAAAACAAUAAUUCAUGGUAAAGAAAUUGAUUGUGAAUGGUUUACAUCUGAUACUUUACGUCACACAAAACCACCUAAAAAAUCAAUACGUGUCAAGACACCAUCAAUUCAUAAAAUAGCUGCUGUUGAAGCACCACAUCCUGGUACAUCUUAUAAUCCAUCUUGGGAUGAUCAUCAACAACUUCUUCAUACAAUUGCUGCACAAGAAAAACAAUUGAUAAAAGAAGAAAAACAUUUAAAUCGUGUUACUGAUAAAAUGUUUAAAAAGGUAACAGAAGAUGCUAAAGAAUCAAAUUGGUUAUCAGAAUCAUCACAAGGUUUACCAGCAUCAAAAGGUGGAGUUAAAUCUGAAACUGAAGAUGAAGAAGAAGAUAGUCAUCCUGGUGAAGUACGUUCAAUAAAUCCACCAGCAAAAUUAAAGAAAAAAACAAAACAACAACGUCGUAAACAAAGAGAACAAAAAUUAUUAGCAUUAAAGCUAAAAAAUGCUAAAAUUGAAAAGAAAAAAAUUGGUGAUAUGUAUAAAUUAAGAAAAAUGAAAUCACAAAUUGAAACAAAAGAAGUUGUAGAUGAAAAAACACGAGAAAUACGUUUAGCUAAAGAAGAAAAAAAAGCAUUAACUGAACCAAAAGUAUUGGGUAAAACUAAAUUUGAAGCACCAGAUUUAGAUUUUGUUAUGGGACAAGAUUUAUCUGGUAAUUUAAGAAAUGCUGAUCCAACUGGUAAUUUAUUGAGAGACAGAUAUAAAUCACUACAAAAAAGAAGCAUUGUUGCACCAAGUACCAGAAGCUUUAAACUCAACAAAGCCAAGGUUAAGAAAUUCAUCAAGCCUGAUCAUAAAAUUUCCAUGCCUGACACAAAGUCAAAGAAACAAACAAAAAAAUAAUAAUAAAAUUAUUAUAAAUAAUUUUAAAAAUUGUAAUGUUAUUUUUUAAUAUAAUUAUUAUUAAUUUAGUCAUAAAUUUUUGCAUUUAAUCAUCUUAAUCAACCUCAAUUCUUUUUGGAUUUUUUAUCAAUUUCUAUUUGCUCCAGCUCAUUUCUUAUAUUAACAUUCUCACGAAAUAAUCGUUUAACAGCUUGAUUACCUUUUGAACAUCUAGCUUGAUCUAAUUUAAAUAUAUCAUAAAUAUUUUUUCGUAAAUUUUGAUAUAAUCUGUUGGGUGAAAAAAUAAAAAAACAAUAAUAAUUAGGUAUAAACAAA